GAAGUAGGAAGUGGUUUUCGCAGGCAUGGCUGAUAUACCAGAAAAUGCACCCCAGCAUUGCCCAGGUACAGGCAGCACUGAGGCUGGCAAGAGUUCUGCGUGCCAGGGAUGCCCAAAUCAAUCAAUAUGCGCAUCAGCAGCAACAUCAGCUCCAGACCCAGCUAUAGAAGAAAUAAAAGAAAAGAUGUCAUUGGUUAAACACAAGAUUUUGGUUCUCUCUGGAAAGGGUGGUGUGGGCAAGAGUACAUUUAGUGCCCACCUGGCACAUGGUUUGGCACAAGAUGAGGGCAAAGAGGUAGCUUUGCUUGAUGUGGACAUCUGUGGACCAUCGAUUCCAAGAAUGAUGGGCUUGGAAGGAGAACAGGUUCACCAGAGUGGCUCAGGAUGGUCACCGGUGUAUGUAGAAGACAACCUGGCUGUAAUGUCUGUUGGAUUCUUGCUUAGCAGUCCUGAUGAUGCUGUUAUAUGGAGAGGUCCUAAAAAAAAUGGAAUGAUCAAACAGUUUUUGCGAGAUGUAGACUGGGGUGAAGUGGAUUAUUUGAUAGUAGACACCCCUCCUGGUACAUCAGACGAGCACCUCUCUGUGGUACAGUAUCUCAGUGCGGCAGGAAUUGAUGGUGCAGUAAUCGUUACAACUCCUCAAGAGGUGUCACUACAGGAUGUCCGAAAAGAAAUCAACUUCUGUCGCAAAGUGAAACUUCCCAUUAUAGGUGUAGUGGAAAAUAUGAGUGGAUUUAUUUGUCCUAAGUGUGAGAAUGAAUCACAGAUAUUUCCUCCAACUACUGGAGGAGCAGAGAAGAUGUGCACUGAUCUCAAUGUUUCUCUACUGGGCAAAGUUCCCUUAGAUCCAAACAUAGGAAAGAGCUGCGACACAGGGAAAUCAUUUUUUACUGAAAUUCCAGAUUCGCCAGCAACAUUAUCCUACAGAAUAAUAAUCCAGAGAAUUCAAGACUAUUGUGAGAAAAAGAAGUGACUUGCUUUUCCAAAUGGAACAGAGGCGUUCAGCUCCGCAGUUUUGCACUUUGCCACAGAUUACGGAUUUUCCACAUUUCACCAUCACCUUAAGAGGAACAUCCGCAUUCCAAAAAAAUGUAAAUGUGGAAAUAAUGCCCGCCUAGACUAUGCCAAACCUGCUGUAGCACUUAAGUAGUAUCACAGCCGGUAAAUCAAAAUAUUUGUCCCCAGCUGCUUACAUUCAUUUUGUUGGCCAGAGCUUUCAACUGAAUUUGCUAAUUGGGAACAUGAAUGUUGUUGUUGUACUGGCAUGGGGUUGCAGGGCACAGGUCCAAGACUACCAGGCAAGCAAUAUCAUUUAAGAACAUAAUAAUUUAUAUUAAGAAGGUCUAAAUUUACUUUACAAAAAGAACAAUAAAAACAUCUGUUUCAUAGAACAA